AUGGCUGUUCCUUUGGCACCGCGUGAACACCAUGACCCGGUCAAUUCUAUCUUGGAGCCAUCCCCGGCCCUCGUACAAUCGGUUCCGGCUGGGCAUUCCAGUUCCGAUAGCGAGGAACCCGGGCAGCAGGGGCUGAAUGCCGCCCGAGAAGAUGAAGCCGACGAAGUCGUCGGUGUCAGUAUCAGUCGCGCCCAGAGUCGUAUGAAGGCGCGUCUCACUCCUGCCGAGGAGAAAAACCGUAUAAUGGAACGCAAUGGUGGCUAUUUCGAGCCCAUAUUGGAUGCUAGCGACUCCGAAGGCGUGUUCGCCGGCGAGAUCACGGCAGAGCCGGAAGAGGUCGAGCCAGACACCAGCAGAUCGUCGGGCAACAACGACGGCCUCGCCCAUGCACGGGCCCCAAGUCACAACGGGCUGCACCCGGACAUGGCCAAAAACGCUGGCCAACGGUCCAGUUUUACUCGCUCGAUCUUAAAGAAUGGUUUGCCGCUGCGGCCGCGCGCCUGGUCCGGGGACAGUCUGGCUAAUCGGAGCCUCAAGAAAUUCCUUCCGGACUUGGGUUCGCUGGCCAGAAGGUCAUCGCUCUCUUUCCGUUCGAACAACUCCCAGCGUCGGUGCCGAAGCCAGACUUUGAAGCCCUCCUCGUCGCGGUUGGCACUGGACCAGGAGGAACCUCCGCGCACCGCACCUCUGCGGCGCAGGUCGUUCACUGACCCGGACCCCAACGCGGAGGAACCGAUUUCCGACCUGAAUCCCCUGGGUGGACUAAAAAGAGCCAAGCACUCGUAUUCUCGUCGGCCCAGUGCCACGGCUUCGGGAGUUCCGCCCAUCCUGCGGAGAUCUUCUUCGGACCAAUCCCUGUACUUGAGAGCCUCAUCCACAGCGUCCUCUCUUGAUCAGCGACCCCAAUAUGAGAAUGUGCAUACCCAGGUAAACAGUCGGUUCAAAGCCAUCAAAGACAGUCUGCAGGACUCGAGCAGCCGUCUUCUUAGCAUGCCCAGUCUUCAUUUACAGGAUCUGCGGAACGACUGGGGCUACAAACCGUUUAACGACACUGCUCAUCGCAAAGGCAACAACUACACCAACGAGCCACCUUCCCCGCGUGACGUUCCGGGAGAACCGACAGCGGCGCAGACUCGAACCCGUCCACCCCGCUCGAACUCCAAUACGAUGCACCCCAUUCUGACCGAGGCUAUGUCCGAACUCAAGGGGGAUGUGGUUGUCAUGGGCGGCUAUCGUGGAUCGAUCUUACGCUCCGCGAAACCGCCCCAGCGCCAACUAUGGGUUCCGAUGAAAGUCGGGCUCAAUCUCCGCAAGGUGGAUCUCGAGGUGGGAUUGAACCCGGAGGAUGAGGAACGAAUGGAGGAAAGCAUCAUUCCUUCCGGCGUUCUCUCCCACAUCGGGCCGGUUGACAUCUGCCGCCGAUUGCUGAAGCGCCUCCAAAAGUGCGAGAAUGCCCUGAACGGAGACCUUCGUGUAUGGGACUAUGGCUACGACUGGCGCCUAAGCCCGCAUCUCCUCUCCCGGCGACUGAUCAAAUUCCUCGAGGGCCUGCCCUGCAACGCACCCGACGUACCGCAAGAGAAGCGAGGAGCACAUGUUAUCGCCCACAGUCUCGGAGGCUUAAUCACGCGUCACGCCGUCAACCAGCGUCCGGAACUUUUUGCGGGCGUUGUUUACGCCGGCACUCCUCAGCACUGCGUGAAUAUUCUGGGCCCACUUCGCAACGGAGAUGACGUGCUGCUCAGCUCUCGCGUUCUCACGGCACAGGUCAAUUUCACUUUCCGAACGAGCUUUGCCCUGCUCCCCGAGGACGGACAUUGCUUCAUUGACAAGCGCACCAAGGAAGAAUACCGCGUAGACUUCUUCAAUGCCAAGGCGUGGGACGAAAAUCGCCUCUCCCCUUGUAUCAGCACGGCCCUGCCCCCUAUGACGGCGAAAGGUACGAACUUGAUGGAUAACAUCCCUCGACUCAGCAAACGCUUUUCGACCGUUCUUAGCAGCAAGGAGAACUUAUCGUCCGAUGAUUCCCCCACCGCGUCGGCCGACUCGGUAUCGUCGCGACGUAGUGGAACCAGUGACAAUGAGACCGCCCAGAGUCAGAACGGAACCCGCAAUCCCACCACCCAUAGUCACCCAGGUCUGCCAUCCGAGGUGGCCGACAAGGCCUCCGCAAUGGCCCCUAGCGUCGACGGCGUCGUGGGGCCAACCUCCCAUCUGCGGGGCUCAUCCAAUGUGAAGACUACAACGGCUGUCACCCUCCCACGCGGCGCCGCUCUCUCUUAUCUUGAACGCACGCUUGCCGAGGUCCUUCGCUUCAAACAGGAACUCGCUUUUAACCCCUCCCAUCACUCUAGCAACCGCUAUCCACCCUUCACAGUCAUAUACGGCAAGUCCGUUCCCACGCUGUACGGCGCACGCGUCUGGUCGCGCGAGCACAUCAAGUGCCAGGAUGCAUACGACGAUCUGGCCUUUGCAGCCGGUGACGGCGUUUGUCUUGCGUCGGCCGCUAUGCUCCCGCCGGGAUAUCGCAUCAUCAAAGAUGGCCUGGUGAAGAGCGAUCGUGGCCAUGUCGGCCUGCUAGGUGAUCUAGAAGGGGUCGGCCAAUGCAUUCAGGCGUUGAUUCGUGGACGACGAGAGGGAGUGGGAUUGGGGCACCCUAGCUCCUAA